GUCGUUUUGGUUAGAUUUUUUUUAUGUAACUGUGACCAAAAACGCUGGAACUUAAGAAAUUUGUAACAUGGUGAGUACAGUUCGCAGCACCGCAAAUCCAGAUUUAAGAGUAAGCUUAAUUUCUUAACAUUUUGACAUAUGUAAAAUGAACAUGUACGUAACACAAGGCAGCGGGUUUUCCACAACACAAGGACCCCGGAAACGGAAGUCUUGACGCUCGGUGUGAGGCCUCUUGAACCUCCAGCAAUCCGUCGUCUACCAAAGACUCCCACCGCCACUGAAUUUAACCCUCUAUGGCAUUGUGUUGCCCUCAGGCAACAAACCACUAUUUUGGCCCACACACCGCCCCUUUAAAUUUUUUAAGUAAAACAUCACAUUAAAAGUCUGAUGAUAUGUCUGUGACCAAUGAAAUUUGAGCUGGACGUGGCUUUGACCUUUGUCUUGGGGUGAAACAAUCCUUUUUUGGACCGCAGCUGACUUGGACACAGCGCUAGCAGAAGGAAAUGGAUGCACAAAGAUUUUAUGGGCGUAAGGAACAUGAUCAAGCGGUUAGGCUCAUUCCUUCUGACAGUGAGGACAGUGAGCUUGAGGAGAGUGACAGUGAGGAAGAGUGGACUCCAAAAUCAGAGGACCUGCCUGAUGACAAUGAGUCUGUGGAUGAAGAGGAAAAUGAAGAUGAUGAAGUAUCACAGGAAGCUGUUCCAUGCUUACCCCGUUGGAGAACACCCCACAGUGCCAAUAUCACUGAUUACCCAGAAUGGCAGGCCAGUCUUCCAAAAUCAGAUCAUAUCAAUUCCCCCUACAAAUUCUUCAAGAUGUUUUUUUCUGAAGACAUUCUGGAAGUAGUUGUAGAGCAGUCAAAUUUAUAUGCCAUUCAGUGUGACACCAACAAGCCCCUUAACCUCGCUAAAAAAGAACUGGAACAAUUUAUGGGUACAGCAGUAUACAUGUCAUUGUUUGGAUUACCAGGCACCCGCAUGUUUUGGAACAAAGCCACCCGAGUGUCCCAGGUAGCUGACACCAUGGCACUAAACAGAUGGGAGUUAAUUAAAAAAUCCCUGCACUUCAACAACAAUGAAAUGAGACAACGAGAAAAUAUUGAUCCACUCCACAAAAUCCGACCACUGGUCACUUACCUCAAAGCUGCAGACAAUACCAAUGAGUGAGAAGUUGGCUGUAGAUGAGCAGAUGGUCCCUUUCAAGGGAAGAAAUACACUCAAGCAAUACCUACCAGCUAAGCCAAAGACAGGGGGUACAAGAUAUUCAUCUUGGCUGGCUCUGAUGGUGUUCUGCACAAUUUUGA